GGAAGGGUGCGUCUCUGAGGUCUCCUCUCCAUCUCGCGAUUCCCCGUAUCGACGCGUUCCAUAAUUCCAUUAGCCGAGCUACCCAAAUCCAUCUUGACCAUGGCUCGCCUCAUCGCGCGAACCCUAACCCUAGCGCGCCCGGCAGCUCCGCGCUCAUCCCUGCGCCCUGUCCGCGCGUUCUCUGCGAAGGUGGAGUUCAUCGAGAUCGACCUGUCCGAGGAGUCCCCCUCUUCCUCCUCCGGCGUCGCGGGCGACUCCACCGAGGAGCCGAUGGGGAUGGGGCGCCUGAAUGCCGCCAUCCACGGGGUGAUCGUCCGGCGGGCGGCUCCUGACUGGCUGCCCUUCGCGCCGGGGGGGUCGUACUGGGUGCCGCAGAUGCGGCGGCCGCUUGGGGUGUCCGAUCUUGUCGGCCAGGUCGUAUACACCGCCAAGGGCGCAGUGGGCGCGGCCGCCUUCACGGAAGAGGAGGCCAUGUGCUUCACCACCUUGCAGGGGUGGCCGUCGGCGGCCUAUUUCGUGGAAGGGAAAUUUCCACAUCCAGUGAAGGAGUCAAGGAAAGAUCAAACUGACGAGGAGGAAAGCUAAUUUGUCCAUGCAAGUUUACCUGGGGUCCACACUGGAAGACUCACCUUGGAGAAGGAAAACAAGACGGAUGACUGUACAUGCAGGCGAUUUGCAGGGCCAGCCAUAGGCCAGGGCCAUAACAUAGUACUGCAGUGAUAUAUCGAAGCAAUGUAGUAGAGUUCGCCUAAAAGAGGAGCAAUGUACUCUCUCCGUUCCAUAAUUCUUGUCUCAAAUUUGACCAAAAGUGAAUGUAUCUAUUCCUAAAAUGUGUGUAGAUACAUGUAAUAUUUCGACAAGAAUUAUGAAAUGGAGGAAGUAGUAAAGUUGUACAUCCACAAUUUCUUACGUGAUAUAUAAUUUUCGAAAUUAACCCAUGA